AUGGAGACGCUGGCUGUGACUAUGAAUAUUUCCAAUACUUCCAAGGUGGCACUAGAUGGCAGCUUCACUAACUGCUCCUCCAACUAUACGGUCGACAGCUUCAAACAAGUCAUUUAUCCCAUCACGUAUCUCUUCAUCUUCUUCCCGGGUGCUAUUGGAAACAGCCUCUCCAUUUAUGUUUUCUUCCAGACAUCGCAAAGGACCUCGGUAAACAUUUACAUGCAGAACUUGGCUAUUUCAGACCUCAUGUUUGUCAGCACUUUGCCCUUUCGGGCCUCAUAUUUCCUCUUGGGAUCCCGUUGGAUAUUUGGUGACAUCCUCUGCCGGAUCAUGACUUACACCUUGUACAUGAAUAUGUACUGCAGCAUUUAUUUCCUGGCCGUGCUCAGCGUGGUUCGUUUCGUAGCCAUCGUCCACCCGUUCAAACACGGAAAAGUGACCAAUGCCAAGUAUGCCAGGAUUACCUGUGUGGCCAUAUGGAUCUUUGUUCUGGCAGCUGCCAGCCCUCUGUUGAACAAGGGAAUCGCCGGCUACCGCAACCCAGUCAAAUGCUUGGACCUGCACCCCUCCAGCACACACAGGCUCCUCAUGAUGAACAGCUUUGUCCUCGUCGUGGGCUUCAUCCUGCCCUUCUGCACAAUUGUGUUCUGCUACGUCUUUGCCAUCAGAGCGCUGCUCAAGUCCAGGGCUCUGCAGAGCGGGAGGGCAAUCUGUCACAGGAAGGCACUGCUAACCAUUGUCAUCACCCUCAUCCUCUCCCUCAUCUGCUUCCUGCCCUACCACAUCCUGAGAACUGUUCACCUGAUGUACAGCAGCUGCAGCCAGGCCAGCCUGCACAAGGCGCUGGUGGUCACUCUCUGCCUCGCUGCCACGAACAGCUGCCUCGAUCCCUUCCUCUAUUACUUUGCUGCUGAAAAUUUCAAAGCAAAAAUCAGAAGUUUGUGCUGCAGGUAG